AUGCGGCUGCCAUCAUGGCUUUCGCUACUUAUUCUGGCCUCGCAGACAGUGGCUAGCCAGCGGGAUUACGAGAGGAAUGACUACUUUGCCGUUCAUCUGAGUCCUGCUGCCGAUAUCCGCGAGGUGGCUCGACUCUUUGGAGUUAAGCAUGAAGGACAGAUCGGGGAGUUGAGUGACCACCACACGUUUUCUUGCCCGAAGGGCUCGUGUCCAGACUUUGAAGCCUCUUUAAAUGAACUAAAAUUACGGAAGAAAAGGCGAAAGAGAGGGGAGACAGGCUUGCAUGAACGCAACUCCUGGAGACAACUCUCUGCAGAAUUGGGAGGUAUACUCUGGGCCGAGCAACAAUAUCUUCGACAUCGUCAUGUCAAACGCAUUCCACCUCCUGGGCCCCUUGUUCCCAGGCAGGAAACGGCGGGUGACGGGACCGAUGCCGAAAAGCAAGAGGCUAUACAGCGGCUGGAUAGUAUCGCCGAGGCGUUGGAUAUUUCAGACCCUAUCUUUAAGGAGCAGUGGCACUUGUUCAACCCGGUGCAACUAGGACACGACCUUAAUGUGACCGGAGUGUGGCUCGAUGGCAUUACGGGUAAUGGAACUAUCUCCGCGGUCAUAGACGAUGGCCUCGAUAUGGACAGCAACGACUUGAAAGAUAACUACUAUGCUGAGGGCUCCUACGACUUCAACGACAAAGGCCCGGAUCCUAAGCCUCGACUUUUCGACGACAAACAUGGCACACGAUGCGCUGGCGAGAUCGCUGCCGUCAAGAACAACGUUUGCGGAGUAGGCAUGGCAUAUGACAGUAAAGUCGCCGGCUUGCGUAUUCUAUCUAAGCCCAUCAGUGAUGAAGACGAAGCGACCGCCAUCAAUUAUCACUACCAAGAAAAUGACAUAUACUCGUGCUCGUGGGGCCCACCAGACGAUGGGGCGACCAUGGAAGCUCCGGGAAUCCUCAUCCAGAGGGCCAUGGUCAAUGGUAUCCAGAGUGGGAGAGGCGGUCUCGGCUCCGUCUUUGUCUUUGCAGCGGGCAAUGGGGCAGCCAGUGAAGACAAUUGUAAUUUUGAUGGGUAUACCAACAGCAUCUACUCUAUUACUGUUGGAGGCAUCGACAGAGCUGGAAAUCACCCAUACUAUUCAGAAGCUUGCUCCGCACAGCUUGUCGUGACAUACAGCUCCGGCCACAAUGAUGCCAUUCACACGACCGAUGUAGGCGUCGACAAAUGCUACACGGGCCAUGGCGGCACGUCAGCUGCUGGCCCAUUGGUGGUAGGCACAGUUGCCCUUGCACUCAGCGUUAGACCAGACCUCAGUUGGAGAGAUAUCCAAUAUCUCUGUGUUGAGACAGCUAUUCCGAUCCAUGUUGAGGAUGGUAGCUGGCAGGACACCACCAUCGGAAAGAAAUUCAGCCAUACUUAUGGAUAUGGAAAGGUCGAUGCCUACCGCUUCGUCGAGGCCGCGAAGUCUUUCGUCCCAGUCAAAGCGCAAGCGUGGUAUCACUCGCCGUGGCUCAGCGUCCAACACAAGAUACCUGAGGGCGACCAAGGACUUGCAGCCAGCUUCGACGUCACGCAGGAGAUGCUGAAUGAGGCAAAUCUGGAGAGACUCGAACAUGUCACUGUUACGAUGAAUGUCGAGCACGGUAGGAGGGGCGACCUGAGUGCCGAUUUGAUCAGUCCCGGUGGUGUUGUCAGCCACCUGGCAGUAACCCGUCGUCCUGAUGUUGCAGCUUCGGGAUAUGACGACUGGACCUUUAUGUCUGUUGCUCACUGGGGCGAGUCUGGAAUCGGAAAAUGGACCGUCAUCGUUAAAGACACCCAUGAAAACGAGUUCAACGGCACGUUUGUUGACUGGCGCCUCAACCUCUGGGGUGAAAGCAUCAACGAGCUGACCCAGGGUCUUCACCCACUGCCAGAUGAGCAUGAUGAUGAUCACGAAACGGCCAGCGCGAUUGUCAGCACCACCAGUGUCCUGGCAGCUCCCCCACCAACAUCGCUCCCAGCAAAACCUACCAACCAUAUCGAUCGCCCAACAAAGCCCAAGCCUGGCGACGACUCCGACACUACAGCCACAGUCUCGAGUAUAAGUGCGGUUUCGACUACAGAUGCGUUCUCGACUACAAGCAAAGUCUCUGACCCUGCUACCACGACUACCGGAGCAGUAGAAGCUACCCACACCUACUCGGACAGCUUUCUACCCUCCUUCUUCCCUACCUUUGGCGUCUCCAAACGAACGCAGAUAUGGAUCUACGGUUCCAUCGGCCUCAUCAUAGUCUUCUGUGCUGGGCUUGGAGUAUACUUCGUGCUCCAACGAAGGAAGAGGUUGCGAAACAAUCCACGUGAUGCAUAUGAAUUUGAAAUGGUCGGGGAUGCCGACGAAGACGAGCAGCAAGGUGUCAACGCCCGACGUACGCGCACGGGUAAAGGUAGAGCACGUCGCGGGGGAGAAUUGUAUGAUGCAUUUGCUGGAGAAAGCGAUGACGAUGAUCUGUUCAGCGACGAGGACGCCUAUCAGGACACGCCCAGUAACGACACUAGUCCGGGUUCCAGGGGCGACAGCCCUGCAGAGCGGGAGAAGUAG